AUGUCCUUCUUCACAAAUCUUCCCAAGGACAACCGCAAAUGCACCAAGACAGACACUCCAUUUGACUUGUCCCUAAGCGACUGUCUUGCAUGCAGUGGAUGUGUAUCUGCAGAUGAGGUCGGCGCUCUUUCUGCAGAUACCUCCUUCAUCCUGGACUUGUCUCCGCAAACUUCGUUUAUUCUCUCUCCCCAAUCGAAAGUGAAUAUCUUCAAUGUCUAUAGGGCGGGAAAUAUGAGCUACAAGGAGUUCGAGUGCGUCCUAUCUUCCUUUCUCAAGGCCAGGUUCAAUGUAUACAAGAUAGUUGAUACCUCUUGUAUGAGAAGCAAAAUCUAUGAAGAGGUGUACAAGGAGUAUUUAGCCACAGACCACAUGAUAAUCAGCGCAUGCCCGGGAGUGGUUACAUAUGUUGAGAGAACAGCCCCGCAUCUCAUUGGGUAUUUAUCGAGAGUCAAGUCUCCUCAGCAGAUGGCGUUUUCUCUUGUGAAGGGAACUAGGACGGUGAGUGUAAUGCCAUGCCACGAUAAGAAGCUGGAGAAUGGGAGAGAUGGCCUGGCUCUCGACUUCAUUCUGACCACAAGGGAGUUCUGCCAGGUGCUUGGAAAGCUUGGAUUUGAAGCGUUCAUUAAGUCUGGAGCCACAAACUUCCAUGGCCUGGAGAAGAUGGAGAUAACACAGUGGAAUAUCGGGACAAGUUCUGGAGGAUACUCAGAGUCCAUACUUAGAAGGUUCCACUCUGUAAAGAUUGUAAAAGACGAGAAUGGGGUCAAGGAAUAUGUAGUGGAUGACGGAAGCAUUAUAUCGCAGAUAACAGGGCUUGAGAACACCCUGAACUACCUCAGAAGGAGUAGGACUAAGGGCGCUGGAUACAAGAUGGCCGAGAUAUUUAUAUGCAAGAAUGGCUGCAUUGGAGGCCCUGGGCAGGAAAGAAUAAACAGUGUCGAGAUGGAUCUCAAGGAAUACAAUUUCUGUGGAAAGGAGCAGCCGGAUAUUCACCAUUUGCCACCCGAACUAGAAGAAAAAAGAACGUUUAAGCAAAUAAAGGUGAAAAGAGUAGGUUUCAAAGUUGAUUGGUAA